AGAACAUGAUUUCGUAUUUUUUGGCAUCUUGAAUCAAUUUCUACAACAUGUACUUUGACUUUAUCACCUCUGGAAUAACAACAAUUUGCUAUGAAUCGAAAACAACAUUAAAAUUUGCAACAUGGGUUAGAAAUUGACGAUUACUACUUGUGAACUGCAACCACAAAUCACCUUUUUUGGCAUCCCGGAACAAAACAUCUAAUUUCGGAACACAUUUCGUAAAAUACCAUAUCAUUUCAGGCAUUUCGUGGUAUUCCAUGAUGUAUUUCUAAAGGUAUUUGGGAUACACACAAGUUAACAACAAGAUUAUUGACAAAUUUAACAAAAAUAAAAACUACUAGAAAUUUGAAAUUUAGACCUAAUCAGGAUGAGAAAUUAAAUAUCCUCUUACUUUUGUUCAUACAAAUCCUCAUACUCAAUUAAAUGAUGACAUGUGUCAUAUUAAUAUAUUAAAAUGUCAUGAAAUGAGCAUGAAAUGUUACAAAUAUCACUAUUUAAUUGGGUAGAAGGAUUUGUAGGAAUAAAAAAUAGAAAGAUAUUUAAUUUCUCAAUGUUCUCUAUAUUUUGGAGAUUCUUUUCGCAAUGAUAGAUAUAAAAUCUAAGUAGUUGCAUAUAUGAAACUAACAUGGUUCAUAGAAUUAAAACUCUAAACUUUGAGUUUCAUUUUUUUUUUUUUUUUCGGAUUUUUAAAAAUGACAUUUCGAUAUAGGAGAGAGUUCUCAUCUAUUUUGGAUGUGAUAUUCCAAAGGAAUUAAUCAUUUUUCAAAAACUAUAAUUUUUUUUUUUAAUUAAUUUCUUGAAAGUUAACUAAAAACAUCGUAGUUUAAUUAAUGAGAAAUUAAAUAUUCCAACUUAUAAAAAAAAGUAUUUAGUGUUUCGACAAUGUAAAUAUUAAAUAUUUAGAGGGUUCUUUAAUGUACCUAGAAAAAUGAUAUGAUUCCAUUGACUAUGUCCCACAUCUUCUUCUCUUCUCUGUCUGCUCUUCAAAAAAAGGAAGGAAAGAAAAGCUUCUUUUCCCAUUCAUUUUGUCCUUCUUACUUCUGUUCAUCUUUCACAAAACAUCAAACACUAACCUCCACCUCCAUCCAGAUCUUCUAUAAUAUUUAUCACCAAAAUGGGUGAAACUUAAACCUUACAACCCGACCCAGAUCCGAUUUCAUCUUCUUCCACAACAAUCUUUAGUUAUUUUUCUUCAGACCCAAAUGGAGAAGAAAAACAUACUCAUACUGGUUGUCACACUAUCCUCUUCUUUUCUGUUAUUUGUUCUCAUUUUCUUGAUUUGGUUGUGUAGAAGAAAAGUGUCUGCAAGAGAGGAAUCAUGGGAUAAAGAAGCGAACCCUGAAUGUAAAGAAAUUGAUGCUGAAGAAGUGGACAUGAAAGGGGAUUUGAUUCGGUUCGAAGGUGGUGAAGAUCUCACUUGUUUUGAUAUUUUAGAUGCUCCUGGUGAAGUGAUUGGGAAAUCAAGUUAUGGGACUUUGUACAGAGCAAAUUUGUUGAGUGAUUCGGUUUUGUUGUUGAGAUUCUUGAGACCAGCUUGUUGUACUGGGAAGGUACAAGAUGUGAUGCAUGUGGUACAAGUUUUGGGGUCGAUUCGGCAUCCAAAUUUGGUGCCUCUUUCUGGGUUUUAUUCUGGGCCUCGAGGUGAAAAGCUCUUCGUUCAUCCCUUUUACAGAAGAGGAAAUUUGGCUCAGUUUAUCAGAGAUGAGAAUGAUGAGUCUCACAAAUGGGAAAUCAUUUUAAAAAUAUCAAUCGGCAUUGCUAGAGGUUUGGAUUAUCUCCACACGGGAUUUCAGAAACCAAUCAUCCAUGGAAAUCUCAAAUCAAAAAACAUAUUAUUGGGCAAAAAUCAUCACCCAUUCAUAUCCGAUUUUGGGAUUCAUCUCCUCUUGAAUCCAGCCGCAUCACAAGAAAUGCUUGAAGAUGCUGCUGUUGAGGGUUACAAAGCACCCGAGUUGACUAAAAUGAAAGAUUCAAGUACACAAAGUGAUAUUCAUAACCUUGGGGUGAUUUUACUUGAAUUAGUAACGGGAAAGGAACCGAUUAAUGGGAAAGCAAACCCCGAUCAAGAUUUUUAUUUGCAAAACUCGAUAAGAAAUGCAAUGAUGGAUCGAAGGAUGUCAGAUAUAUGUCUUAAAGGAUUAAGUCGUGUUAACGAAGAUGUUAUUAUCAAAUUUGUUGAUCUGGCAUUGGUGUGCUGUGGGCCUUCUGAAAGACCCGAUAGUAAGCAGAUAUGUAAGAAGCUUGAAGAAAUUGGAGCAAAAUGUUGAAGAUAAUUUUUUUUGUGACAUAUAUAGUAAAGUUUUGACAUGUUGAAGGUUGAAAUGUGGCUAACCAAUAUUGGUGGUGGUGGUUUGGGAGUUGUACUAAGAUGCAUUAUGAUGAUGAUGAUGAUGAUGAUGAUGAUGAUUAUGAUGAUGACCAAACACAUCUUAAUUGAAAUGGGUCAAACCUGUUCUUUGAAAGGUCAAAGUCAGUGCCUUUAUUGGUGGUUGACCCAUGUUGUUGGGUGGAGGUGCUGUUAUUCGUACCAAGAAAAGCAGCAAACGUCGAUUUGUGUGAAUUAUUGAGAAUAUUCAAAAGGGAUUAAAUUGUUUUGUAGAUUCGGUAUACAACUGUUAGAUAUGACAAAUCAAGCAUUCCAUUUAUUAUAAUCUAUAUCUCUAUCACACACUUCACACUCAAAGAGCAAUUCCAGUUCAUUUUCUUUAAUUGUUUAGCUGGCAAAAGAUGGUUGAUAUGUUGAAUGGGCCAAACUGUCUCUGCGAUGAGCGGUGGAGAAAAUAAUUAAAUGAAAACCAUUAUUUGGUGGUUGUUAUUUUUUGAUUAUAUAAUAUAUUCUAACACGCAAUUAAAAAUACACUUGUUACUAGAACUAAUAUGAC